CUUCCCAUCCACCUCGUCCACCCUUCCCGCAUUCAUCAUCAUGAGCCACCCAGCAACGGGCACUCCUCACAACUACGGUGGAGGCAGCUAUCCGCCUCGAGGUAUGCCUCAGGCUUCUCCGGCGGGACAACAUCCGUACAACGCCCAGAUCCCUCCUCACCUCGCUGGUAAUCCCCAGGCUGCCAGGUACCUUCCCCAGCAGCAGCCGCAACCACCUCAGCAACAGCAGCAUCACCAUGUCAAUCACCAACACGCCGCUCAGGUCGCCGCUCAGAACAUGAGGAAGAGGCAUGCAGUAGACUCGACAGUUGUGGACUCGCUUCGCGGGCUCAAGAAGGGCAAGCCUACGAGCAGAGUGAUACCGCCGAGUGUUCAGAGGCACGUGCCGGAGAGCGCCCUAUACGGGCAAUUGCAGAAGGACGAGAGAGCAUUAGAUUGGACGCUGAGCAGGAAGAGGGCAGAACUGACAGACGGGAUGGGCAAGAGGCCGCCAAAGACAAAACGUACACUACGAAUCUUCCUCAGCAAUACCUGUGCAAACCAGCCAUUUCAAAAGGAGGAGCAAGCUGCAAUUGCUGCACAGCAGCGCGGUCAGGAUGCUCCCCCUCCUCCCGCAAGCAAUGCCGAGGCAAGCACAUCAGAGGCGGAUGUGCCAUCUUGGAAUCUCCGCAUUGAAGGCAGAUUGCUCGAGCCAUCUUUCAGAUCAAGAGCAUCAAAUGCUAGGGCAGCGCAACAGACAUCGGACCGCAUCGGCGCUCAGAAGUUCUCCAAUCUCGUCAAGUCGUGUGUGGUGGAAUUGCAACGCGAUCCUCACCUCUAUCCUGCUGAGGAGAAUCUGGUCGAAUGGCAUCGCCCGAACCCCACGGCGGCCACAUCUUCUGGGCCAAAAGAUGGCUUUGAGAACCCACUCAUCGCGGCUGCUGAGCCCGGCUUGGAUGGUUUCGAGAUCAAGAGGAAAGGGUCUGAGCCGGUGAAGGUCAAGAUUGCACUGUACCUCGCGCACACUCCGGAGCGAUAUGCGCUUGCUCCUGAGCUUGCGGUCUUGCUGGACAUCCGCGAAGAGACUCGCCAAGGAGUCAUUUCGGCACUGUGGGCAUAUAUCAAGGAUCGUAAACUGCUGGAUGAGCGCGAUAGGCGAGUCGUCCGCUGCGACGCCGAGCUCGCCCGUUUCUUCAGGACCGAUCAGAUUGCCUUUCACCACAUUCCAGAAGUCAUCAAUCGACAUCUGCAUCCGCUACCGCCGGUGAUGCUAGAAUACUGGGUGCGCACAGAUGUUGAUGUGAACAAGCACUCGUCUGCCUAUGACAUUGAAUUUGAGAUGGACGAUUGGAGUAUCAGGCAGAGGCAGGAGAGAGUCCUGUCACUCUUUGACGGCUCAAGUGACAAGGCGAGAGAGAUUGCUGAUCUCGAUGAGAAGAUCUCACAAGCCGUCGUCGCUCUUCAGAACCACUCUUCUGCCCGAGACUUCCUCCACACCUUUUCCCAAGACCCUUUGCAGCACCUUCAAACCUGGCUCGCCUCGCAAUCCCGCGAUCUAGACGCCAUCCUCGGAGCUGCCUCUUCCAUUCCUGGCGCUGGAGUCAACUCGAGCUUGUCAAAUGAAGAGAUGAGGCGGGCAGAUACCUUCCAUGGUGCUUGGUUGGAUGAGGCGAUUACGGGUCAUAUUGCGUUGGAUACCGCUAGGAGGAAAAAGGAACUGGAGAGGUCCACGGCGAGACAGGCCAUGGCGCAAUCUCAGCAGCAGCAGUAGGAGUAAUAGUAGUAGUAGCAGUCGUAGUAGAGCAGGCAGAGAUAGCGAAGGUGGCAUGUGUACGCACUGAGUGCACGCGGAAUGAUUACCCAAAGUCAACCUAGCAUUGUUCCUUGCGAGAGUU